AGAGUCGAUUGGUAGCUGACUAACGAAAACAAACGGUCGGAGGAGACGGCGUGCUCUGUCUAUCAGUAUACACAGUGCCUCAUAAGCACCCAGUAGGCGAGUGACAAACCGUGCGCUCUCACACUUUGCCAUCCUGCCAGAUACAGAGAAACAAUGGGAGACGAUAACUGAGGCAACCACAAAGAGAAACACACCGAGACCGACUAUGGCUGUGGACGCUGCGUCCAGCUUCAGUUUCUGCCGUGCAUCCCUGGAGCAAACAGUGUCUGCAGAGGAGCUGAGCUACCAACUGCCUCGCCGGCCAGGGUCUAGUCUCGCCUGGCAUGAUGGGAGGGGACAGAUGAACACGUACACACGCACCGUCAAACUACUGCAGCAACCUGGCACAGAGGGCAUACAGCUGCAUCCAGGGGGAGCCUUCACUGUUUACCACACCAGCCCUACGCUGUCCAGCCUGUCCAAACCAGUGGUGCUUUGGACCCAACAGGACGUCUGCAAGUGGCUGAAGAAACACUGUCCACACAACUACCUAACCUAUGUAGAAGCCUUCUCCCACCACGCUAUCACAGGUCGUGCAUUGCUGAGGUUGAACGGGGAGAAGUUGGAGAGGAUGGGCAUCUUCCAGGAGACACUGAGACAGGAGGUUCUACAGCAGGUCCUUCAGCUACAAGUCAGAGAAGAGGUCCGCAACCUGCAACUGCUCAGCAGAGAGAGAGAGUGA